AUGGCGACUCCGUCGCACUCGCUCAGCUACGCGGGCUGCAACUUCUUGCGCCAGCGUCUGGUCCUGUCGACUCUGAGCGGGCGCCCGGUCAAAAUCCGAAAGAUCCGGGCCAGAGACGACAACCCGGGCCUCCGAGAUUUUGAAGCCAGCUUCAUAAGGCUUUUGGACAAAAUAACAAAUGGUUCUCGAAUUGAAAUAAAUCAAACAGGGACGACCUUAUAUUACCAGCCUGGCCUCCUGUAUGGUGGAUCCGUGGAACAUGACUGCAGUGUCCUUCGUGGCAUUGGCUAUUACCUGGAGAGUCUUCUUUGCCUGGCUCCAUUUAUGAAGCACCCAUUAAGGAUAGUCCUUCGAGGAGUGACCAAUGACCAGGUUGACCCCUCGGUUGAUGUUCUUAAGACAACAGCCCUCCCUGUUUUGAAACAGUUUGGAAUUGAUGGUGAAUCACUUGAGCUAAAGAUUGUGCGUCGGGGAAUGCCUCCCGGAGGAGGAGGUGAGGUGAUUUUCUCGUGUCCCAUAAGGAAGGUCCUGAAACCCAUUCAGCUCACAGAUCCAGGAAAAAUCAAACGUAUCAGAGGAAUGGCGUACUCCGUCCGUGUUUCACCUCAGAUGGCGAACCGGAUUGUGGAUUCUGCAAGAAGCAUCCUCAAUAAGUUUAUACCUGACAUCUACAUUUACACAGACCACAUGAAAGGAAUCAACUCUGGGAAGUCUCCAGGCUUUGGGUUGUCACUGGUUGCCGAGACCAUCAACGGCACCUUCCUCGGUGCUGAGCUUACCUCCAACCCCCAGGGCCAGGGAGUGGCGGUGCUUCCAGAGGACCUGGGCAGGAACUGUGCCAAGCUGCUGCUUGAAGAAAUCUACAGGGGUGGAUGCGUGGACUCGACCAACCAAAGCCUGGCCCUGUUGUUCAUGACCCUUGGGCAGCAGGACGUUUCCAAAGUCCUGCUAGGACCGCUCUCUCCCUACACGAUAGAAUUUUUGCGGCAUUUGAAGAGCUUUUUCCAGAUUAUGUUUAAAAUCGAAACCAAGCCAUGUGGUGAAGAACGCAAGGGCGGGGAUAAAGUGCUGAUGACCUGUGUUGGCAUUGGCUUCUCCAACCUUAGCAAGACCCUCAAGUGA